AUGAACGGCAGUACAGGACUGUCACGCUCCGACAAGGUGUCGGCGAUUUCUGCAGCAUCACCUACAGCAUCGAGUUCCAGUCCGCGCGUGUAUAUUCCGGUGUCGCCGAAUACAUUGAGUCCGAGAUCUGCUGAAGCUGUUGGCGAUUCGAGCACACUUGGUAGCGGCAGCGGACUCGUGAGUUCUAUCAAGAAUUUUAAGCGCAAGAAGAACGCUCGAGAGCGGCUUCACCCUCUAGAGAGCGAGUCUCCGCGCUAUCCACGACACUACCAGCAGCAGCGGCAUCUUCCAGUUGUUCCAUCGUCGCCAUCCCGUUAUCCUGAUUCACCUCGUGCACCAAAAGGAGCUCUCGAAGACUCGGAUGAUGAAGUGAUCCAGUUGAAGCGGUUGAACGCCCACCUGGCAUCGGGCGAGACGGUUGAAGAGUGGAUCCGGUCGUACGAAGUGGAGCGUGGCAACUUCGCUUCGUUCGCUAUGUUCACUGAGGUCAAGCUGGACGAGGUGCAGGAGGGAUAUGUGGAGCAAGUCGGCCGACCGAAUGCCGUGGAAGCAGCAGCGUGCUGUGCCACGCUGCUGAAGAUGCUAGGCAUCGUUGGGUGCUACCGAACGUUGUUGGAGAAAAUGGUGGCGGGGAUCCAAGGCGCCGUCUACCUUCCAGACGCCUCAUUGUCGUCCAUAGUCACGGACGCAACCUCGCCGGACGCGAUGUUCGCGCUCGUGCAGAGUUUUUACUCCCGCACUCCGUACUUUGAGCGCGUUCGCGAGCUGAAGAAGACGCUUCUAGCAAGUCGGAGUAUCACGGAUCCGACUGUGCUGCGAGCAGUUAGCGUGGAUGAUGUGGCUCGAAUCUUCCAGUACGUUCCAUUCGCUCACGUCCAAGCGGGGAUCGCAAAGGUCUACGCCACCAACUCAGCCAAGCUGGAUCAGCUUAGUGCGCAGAUCUGCCGCGCUAUCACUCACAACGCCGCAAGUUUCAGCUCCAGCGGCCGAGACAUGAUCCUCUGUGCUAUCGUGGGGUUGGUAGACGCCGACUCGUUCCGAGCACUUCGAUCUUCACGGGAAGAUGUGCUUUUUGCAUACUUGACCUUCACUGAAGGCAUGGAUCAGCUGGAGCUUGUCGUGGACGCGCUGCCUAAUGCGGGCGAGUCGCUCUUCCGCUUGUACCUCGCUACGUGCUCUAGCAGGGUCGGAGAUCUACCGGACGAGAAGACAUUGGGAGGUGAGAUGGUGCCGCGUCCUAGUCCCAAGGACGUGUUCUUCUUGAAGCUGCUGAGCCCCGACAUGGGGUUUUUCUUCUUGAGCGACCUCGAGAAGAACGACAAUGAGCGCAAGGCCCGGAAGCUACGACGAGCCAGCGUGAACGCGUCGGACUUUGACAUUGAGAUCGAAGAAGACACGACCGACGGGCGGCCUAUGUCCCAGUCGUCCACAGCAGCAUCGAUCGAGCGCUUCCAGAUUAUCAUGCUGAACUACCUGCGGCACCACAGCUUAUCCAGCGCCCAACUACUGCAGCUUGUAUCCAACACGUUCUUGUUGAUGCUGGAAGAGAAGGAACUCAGCCAGCUCAUUGACAAGCUCUGGCAGUAG